AUGGGGAAGCCUAAACAUGACAAGUCCCUGACGCACGAGGAGAUCUGGGACGAUUCUGCCUUGGUGCAGUCCUGGGAUGAGGCGGUUGAAGAAUACAAGCUUUAUCAUAGCAUUCACGCGAAAGGCGAGAAUGUUGAAGAUGUUCUGAGAGAGGCUGAAGCAGCAGGUCUCUCUGAGCAAGAUGUCGUUCUUGAAGGAGGCGAGGUGGUAGCCGAUGACGCUAUGGAAACCGACACUAAGCAGACUGAUGCGCAACUUGACCAAACAGCUGCGAAUUUCGAACAGGCUACUCAACCUCCUGGUCAUCCUCCACAGCACUCUGCUGAAGAAGGAUCUGGGCCGGCUGCCGGCCCAGCCUCAACCUUCCCCGCAGGCGCGAUGCCUAUGCCUGAAGCGGUCCUCCCUCAUAUUCAAGAUGAAGGUCUAAAACGUCUCAUGAUGUCUUGGUACUUUGCAGGGUACUAUACCGGCUUGUACCAGGGACAGCAACAAGCCAGCCAGGCGAAAAGCUGA